AGGAGACAUUGGGUCGGCUCCCGCGGCGCAUCUGAGGGAGAGUACAGGGAAUUCCUCAGUGGGGAUCGCUCGCGAACAUCAGAGGCGGCACCCGGGGAUGUGUUCUUGAAGGUAAGUCUGCUGGUUAAGUCCUGCUUCCUGACAUUUGAAGAGCAAACAGCACCAGGGCUCCAUGAAUUGCAAAACUGCAACAAGUGUGGCAGCCCUACUUACCUCCAGCUUUGCUCCUCUACUGUGACAUCCUUCUUGGGACCUUUGGUUUCAUCCCCCCCUGCGGCUGCUUAGCAGGCUGCCUUGGCGUCAGAGCAGAGGCGGCAGCUAGUGGAUCAGGACGAAUUAUGGCCUUGAGCUUGUAUAUCUUCCACCUCUUCUAUAAGUUCAAAGUGUUGGUGCUUGUCACUUUGUGUUUGAUGGUGCUAUGGGCCACAGUCAAUUACUAUGUGGACUCCAGACAGGAAAUGCCUAAAGCUAAGAUCAUGGUGGAGGAUUUCAGGAAGGUGACUAGCCUGAAGGACAGUCAAAAGGAAGAGAAGAUGGAAUCUGUUACAGAAGUUCCUACAGUAAAAUCACUUCAGGAUGAGUGCCCAGCUCUGUCUCCGUACCUCAUUGGUGCCAGCAAACUCACCUUCAAAGCAUCUCUCACACUAGAAGAAGUGCAAAAGGAGAACCCUCAGGUAGCCAAGGGCCGGUACCACCCUCCAGAGUGCGCAGCACAGCACCAUGUGGCCAUCAUCAUCCCACACCGCAACCGAGAGAAACAUCUGCUGUACCUCUUGGAGCACCUCCACCCCUUCCUGCAGAGGCAGCAGCUGGACUAUGGCAUCUAUGUUAUUCACCAGGCUGGCAGCACCAAAUUUAAUCGUGCUAAGCUGCUGAAUGUAGGAUACCUAGAGGCCCUAAAAGAAGCUAACUGGGACUGUUUCAUUUUCCAUGAUGUGGAUCUGGUGCCAGAAAAUGACUUUAACAUUUACACGUGUGGCCCCGGACCAAAGCACUUUGUAGUUGGCAGGAACAAUACUGGAUACAGGUUACGGUACACUGGCUAUUUUGGAGGUGUAACUGCUCUAACAAGGGAACAGUUUGCCAAGGUGAAUGGAUUCUCUAACAACUACUGGGGCUGGGGUGGAGAAGAUGAUGACCUUCGAAUCAGGGUUCACCUGCAGAAGAUGGGAGUGAUGAGGCCACCUGCGGAGGUAGCCAGGUAUACAAUGAUCUUCCACAAGCGAGACCAUGGUAAUGAGGAGAAUGAAGAGAGGAUGAAGCUUCUAAGUCAAGUAUCUAAAACAUGGAAGACAGAUGGACUGAACUCCUGUUCAUAUAAACUGCUCUCAGUGGAACAUAACCCUUUAUACAUCAACAUCACAGUGGACUUCAGCAUGCAGCCCAAGGUCUCAUAAGGAUGGGCAACACACAGGAUGUGAAAAUGGCAACAGAUCUUGUUUGCUUGAAAGAGGACUUCAGUAACACAGGAGAGUCUUUCUUCACAGUCUGAUUGAUUGGGAAUUCCCUUUUGUGAGGGCUGGAGCCAUGGGACCGAUCCUUGUGUUUUGCUGGGACAUUCACAGAACCGUCCUUGUUUGGGAUGGGCCAGUGGAAGGAUGUGAACCA